UUGCUGCCGCUGCCGCCGCCGCCACUUCUGCUCCGGUUUCUCUUGCGGCUCCGUCCGCCGCUCCGCGUCCGCAUGGCGUCCGACUCCGACACCGAGGAGCUCUUCUACGACGCGCCCGAGGAUGUAGCCCAGCACGGAGGGAGCCCCUCGGCGUCACCAACCAAAGUCGUGCAGCCGGUACCGAAGAAGCUGACCAGUGGUCAACAGAAAGCGGAAUGUGAAGCAGGAGCUUUGGAAGUCAAGCAAGAGGACCCUAAAGAGAUAAUUGACAAUAUAAUUGAAGAAAGCCAGAAGGUACAUCAACUUGACUAUGAUCCAUUGGGCUCGUCAGAAAAGGAACAGUCUGAUUCCCCAUCACAUGCAAACACUUGGAUUUCUGGAGCAGAUGUUCUCCAGCACAUUCCCGAACUCUUGUUUGCGGAAGCAGGGUUGCUACAAGGCCACGAUGAAGAGCCUCCCCGCCAGCCCCCCCAGGCUGUGGCAAAUAGAAUGGAGCCCAGGCAGGCUUUGCAGACCCAUGAGGGGGCGUUGGAGCAUCGGCAGGGGGAAGGUGAUGCUCGACCAGUGGAAACCGCAAGCGAGAUCCCAUUGCGGCAAGUGGGAGAAGGCAAUAAGGAAUUGAAAAGCGAGGAGGCAGAUGACUCAAGGCCAGUGGAUGUCUUGGAGGCACCUGUGGAUUUCCUGCCUGCCAGAGAUUCAUCCGUGGCUGAUGAGAUGCCUCCUGUGAAACCACCGCGGCAGCUCAACAUAGAGCCAGACAUUGUCGCCAGCACAAAGAAGUCUGGUCCUGCCCGGCCUCCCCCGCCAGCAGGCCUCCCUCCCCCAAGGCCCCCACCCCCUGCUCGGCCUGCCCCACCGCCAAGGAAGAAGAAGAGCGACUUGGAAAUCGAGACACACAAAACACCUGGUCUGGAAGUUCCUAGGGAGACUUUUUCAUCCGGUGGCCUCUUACCUCCCAGUGUGUUGAUUGAGUCCAUAGCCAAAGAUCCUCAGCCUUCCUUGGAUCUGGCCAGCGCAACAAGCGGGGACAAAAUCGUCACUGCACAGGAAAAUGGAAAAUCGGCAGAUGGACAAACGAUCUCGAGUGAAGUGAUUGGGCCUCAGAGACCCAGGUCUAAUUCCGGCAGGGAGCUCACUGAUGAGGAAAUCCUGGCAAGCGUCAUGAUCAAGAAUCUCGACACAGGAGAGGAGAUACCCCUGAGUUUGGCUGAGGAGAAGCUGCCCACGGGCAUCAACCCCCUGACGCUGCACAUCAUGAGAAGGACCAAGGAAUAUGUCAGUAAUGAUGGGGCACAGUCAGACGAUGAAGACAAAAUGCAGCCACAGCAAAGUGACACGGAUGGAGGACGCUUGAAGCAGAAGACGACUCAGCUGAAGAAGUUCUUGGGCAAAUCAGUCAAGAGGGCGAGGCACCUGGCUGAAGAAUAUGGGGAGCGUGCCGUCAACAAAGUGAAGAGUGUUCGAGAUGAAGUAUUCCACACUGAUCCAGAUGACCCAUCCUCAAGCGAUGAUGAAGGCAUGCCGUAUACCAGGCCAGUGAAAUUCAAGGCGGCGCAUGGCUUCAAGGGGCCGUAUGAUUUUGAGCAAAUUAAAGUUGUCCAGGAUCUCAGUGGCGAGCAUAUGGGCGCUGUUUGGACAAUGAAGUUCUCACACUGUGGCCGUUUGCUUGCGUCAGCGGGUCAGGACAAUGUGGUGAGGAUCUGGGUGCUGAAGAAUGCUUUCGACUACUUCAAUAACAUGCGAAUGAAGUACAACACAGAAGGUCGUGUGUCUCCCUCCCCAUCUCAAGAAAGUUUGAAUUCUUCAAAGUCAGAUAACGAUAUGGGGGUUUGCAGUGGGGCCGAUGAGGACCCUGAUGAUAAAAACACACCCUUUCGCCAGCGGCCAUUCUGCAAAUACAAAGGUCACACGGCAGAUCUCCUGGACUUGUCCUGGUCUAAAAAUUACUUUCUACUCUCUUCUUCUAUGGAUAAGACAGUCAGGCUCUGGCACAUAUCCAGGCGGGAGUGCCUCUGCUGUUUCCAGCACAUUGACUUCGUCACUGCUAUAGCCUUCCAUCCAAGGGAUGACAGAUACUUCUUAAGUGGCUCACUGGAUGGAAAGCUGCGACUUUGGAACAUUCCUGACAAAAAAGUGGCCCUCUGGAAUGAAGUGGAUGGGCAGACCAAGCUGAUCACAGCAGCCAACUUUUGCCAAAAUGGCAAAUACGCUGUUAUUGGCACCUAUGAUGGCCGGUGUAUCUUCUAUGACACAGAGCACUUAAAGUAUCAUACACAGAUCCACGUGCGGUCAACUAGAGGGCGGAAUAGAGUUGGGAGGAAAAUCACUGGAAUUGAGCCACUGCCAGGAGAAAACAAGAUCCUGGUGACAUCAAACGACUCCCGAAUCCGACUCUAUGACCUGAGAGAUUUGUCUCUGUCUAUGAAAUACAAGGGCUAUGUCAACAGCAGCAGCCAGAUCAAAGCCAGCUUCAGCCAUGACUUCACAUACAUCGUAAGUGGUUCUGAAGAUAAAUAUGUUUACAUCUGGAGCACCUACCAUGAUUUAAGCAAGUUUACUUCCGUCAGGAGGGACCGCAAUGACUUCUGGGAGGGUGUCAAAGCACAUAAUGCAGUGGUCACAUCCGCCAUUUUUGCCCCAAAUCCCAGCUUGAUGGUAUCAUUGGAUACACCUGAAAAGCAGGAGCCCGAAAGCAAAAAUGAAGAAUCUGAAUCAACUGAUCCCAUUCCUUCUGGAGCUUUGAAGACGGAUCACACAGAAGUGCUUCUGUCGGCUGACUUUACCGGAGCCAUCAAAGUCUUCAUCAACAAGAAGAAAAACACAUCUUGAAAUCAUUGGUAACUCAACAGCAUCAUGAUGGAUGGUACCUGAGUAUGAAUCAUGUGAUCAGUGAAGCAAAGUAUAAUAUAGAGUUCAAGAGUUAUCUUAUCGUUUGAACUCUCACUUAAAGCUGCUCCAUUAGAUCUCCUGGGGAAGCAGCAUCCCAGCUAUUAACUCCCCCUGGCUUUUAGAAUAGAAAGAGGGGCCCAUAAAUGACGUGGCCAAAAUGGCAACUCGGCGUUGCAUUUCUCUGAAAAAUUAUUUUGCUAAGCAACUGUUCGCCAUGCACAGGAUUCUGCAUGAAAAUGGCAAUGAGAUAUUCACUUGUGUGUGUGUGUGCCCUUUGGGGGGUGACACAUACCAAAUUGAGCUUAACUGAAUAUUUAAUUUAAUUUAUUGGUUCCCAGGGUGGGGUGGGUGGGGGUCGCAAAGAUGUCAUGCAGUCUCUCACUCCAGAUUCCUGUUUCCAGCAAAGCUGAUCUAUUUCUGAAUCUGUGUUAACAAAGCUGAAUUUGUGGCCAGAUCCUGUAAUGUUCUGUGAGGUCUUUUCUGCCCUUCCUCCAUCCCUUGGCCUGGAUGGGUUAACAGCAACCAUGUAUCAAUGUUUUCUAAAGUGGAUUUCCCUUGUCUUCUAAUUGUUGUGCACUCUAGAUUCCUUUCUUAAUCUUUUUUUUCCUCUUUCUGUUGCACACUGGAGCACAAUAUUUCUAUGAAAGAGUCUCUCAUUCCUUAUUCAUGGGCACUGGGCUAUGCUCACCUUAAACAAAAAAAUUAAGCUGCAUUAGGAACAAUUCUUGUAUUUUACAACAGUGUAAAAUAAAAUUGUUUACAUAUUUUUUAAAGCAUUGUAGUUUAAAAAAAUGUCAGUUUUUGUUUGUUUAGAGCUAACUGAAUUUAAAGGUAUUUGUAAAUAUUCAUAAGAUAUACCUAUGAAAUAACAUUUUGGGGCCUUGCAACCCAUAAAAUGUUGUUGAUGGUUCCUGUUUCAGAGGAGAAAGAAAAAUGUAUCAUUAAAACGGCACAUGUUGAAAGAGAAGUUGCUUUUUGCCCUUUUAUUGCAUCAUCUUUUUUUGCAUGGCUCAGAGAUGGUGGUUGCGUCUGAUUUCAACUGGUGAAGUGUCACCAAUAUGCAGGUGACACUUAGCUCUGUGCCUCUGUUCCAUCUGAAUCCAGAGAUGCAGCUGAGGUGUUACACAGGUGUUGACAGGUAGUGGUGGACUGGAUAUGGGCUCAAAAAGGUAAACUCUGUCCUAAAAGCACAGAGCUGGUUUGUGUUCCAAGUUCUUGAGUCCAGGAGGUGGGAAGGCAGCCUGUCCUGGAUGGGGCUGCAGAGUAGGCUUGUACCCUGGGGAGACUUUGGACCCAGCAUUGUCACUUUGAGCCUCAGGUGGCUAGGAGGAAUGCCUAUUUCUAGCCACAGCCAUGUUUAGCCACAGGACAGGUAACUGCAUUAUUACACUGCCCUCUAUGUGAGGCUGCGCUUGGAGGUGACUUGGAAACUUAAGUUGUGGGGGAAAGGAAGAAAGGGAUGGAGUUUCCUGAAAGACAGUACAGCUUGCUGGCUGAAACCCUGAACCAUCUUAAGCUGCAACAUUUUGUUACAGAUCCCACAUGUUCUUCAUAAACACUAAACACAGAGAGCCAUCUAGUGGAGAUAGGCACUGGUUCUAGAACUGAGAGGCGUUAAAUACAAAUGAGAUAAUCUGUACUAUGGUGGUUUAAGUUCAAACUUAUUUGAGUUCACAGAAAAUAUCAGACAGGAACCGAAAAGGGUCUGAAAUUCAGAAUGGUCUGAAGGAGGGCUGGGGAACUUGGUCGUUGUCUAUGGCGGAUGGGAGGCGGAGUCCAACAACAUCUGGAAAGUGAAAAGUUCUCCAGCCCUGGUCUAAUUUAGAUAUUUACAACUUGGUGCCCUCCAGAUACAUUUCCCAUCAACCUCAGCCAGCACAGCUGUUGAGAGCACCAGUUUGGGGAAACCUGCCGUUUGUUUGUUUGUUAAAUCUAAUACUCACCUUUCACCAUGUCACAGAGCAUGUUGCAACAAUUUAAAAUUCAGAAAUAAAAAAUGGGUCAAACAAAUUACAGUGGGUGGAUACUGAAAACACACUUCUGCAACAGCUGGACUUCCUUGUCCUUAAAGGUAAAGGGAUCCCUGACCAUUAAGUCCAGUCGCGGAUGAUUCUGGGGUUCCGGCGCUCAUCUCGCUUUACUGGCCAAGGGAGCCGGUGUUUUGUCUAGAGCAGCACACGGAAACGCCGUUUACCUUUCUGCCGGAGUGGUACCCAUUUAUCUACUUAUAAUAAGCCACUCUGGGCGGCUUCCAACAGAAAAAUGAAAUAAAAUAAUCUACCGGUAUUAAACAUUAAAACAGGGCUGCCUUCAGAUGUCUUCUAAAAAUCU